ACUUUCUGACUUCUCUCUGCUUUAUUAUACCACCAAACAACACAUCUCCUCUCUCUCCAUUAACCCCCACUAUUCUAUACUCACGAAUCCAACGACACAUUUUAUAGAGAGAGAGAGAGGGGAAGCAAGAGCCCAAAACCAUUUUCUAGAGAGAGAGACCCAAAGUUUUCUGAAAUCUACAAGCGGCCAUGGAUUCCCAGAUCUAUGGCCUCUGCAAAGUCUUCGCCUUUCUCGCGUUUUUCUUCUGCCCGGCUUUGACAGGUGCCACAUUGCAAGAAAACCCGCCGGGGAAGGGCGGGGCGGCGAACUCGGCUGCGCAGAUCAAUUCCAACUCAGUACUGGUGGCCCUUCUGGAUUCUCACUACACGGAGCUGUCUGAGCUCGUGGAGAAGGCGCUGUUGCUUCAGACGCUUGAGGAGGCGGUUUCUCGCCACAAUAUCACCAUUUUUGCGCCCAGGAAUGAGGCUUUGGAGCGAGAUUUGGACCCCGAGUUCAAGCGGUUCUUGCUCGAGCCGGGGAAUCUCCGGUCGUUGCAGAAUCUGCUGCUGUUUCACAUGAUUCCCACUCGCAUUGAGGCGAAACACUGGUCACGCGCCGCUAGGAAUCACCCCAGUCUGUGCCGCGCCGCCGGCGACGAGAACCUCGCCGUGGCUCAGGGGAAAAACGGGGAGAGAGAGGUGAGCGCCGCGAAGGUGGUUAGGGCUGACGACAUCGUCCGCCCCGACGGCGUCAUUCACGGGAUAGAGCGCGUGCUGAUUCCCCAAUCCGUUCAGCAGGAUUUCAAUACUCGCCGGAGUUUACGCUCCAUCUCCGCCGUUCUCCCCACCGGAGCCCCGGAAGUGGACCCCAGAACACACCGACUCAAGAAACCCGCCCCGGUCCCCGCAGGCGCCCCUCCCGUCUUACCAAUUUACGACGCCAUGGCUCCCGGCCCAUCUCUCGCCCCCGCGCCCGCCCCGGGCCCCGGCGGGCCCCACCACCACUUCGACGGAGAAAGCCAGGUCAAGGACUUCAUCCAAACCCUCCUGCAUUACGGCGGUUAUAACGAAUUAGCGGAUAUCAUGGUAAAUUUAACGUCUCUCGCAACAGAAAUGGGGAGAUUAGUAUCGCAAGGCUACGUUUUAACCGUUUUAGCCCCCAACGACGAAGCCAUGGCUAAGCUCACAACCGAUCAGCUCAGCGAGCCCGGCGCGCCAGAGCAGAUAAUGUACUAUCAUCUCAUCCCGGAGUACCAAACGGAGGAGAGUAUGUACAAUGCCGUCCGGCGAUUUGGGAAAAUCCGAUAUGAUACUCUUAGAUUGCCCCAUAAAGUGGUGGCCGAGGAGGCCGAUGGGUCGGUGAAAUUCGGGCACGGAGAAGGGUCCGCUUACUUGUUCGACCCGGAUAUUUAUACUGACGGCAGGAUCUCCGUUCAGGGGAUCGACGGCGUUCUAUUCCCGCCGGAGGCGACAGCUCAGCCGCCGCCGCCUAAGCCAACCACCGUUGCUAAAGUUGUUUCAAAGCCAAGGAGAGGGAUGAUGGAAGUCGCGUGCAGUGUUCUGGGAUCGUUCGGUCUCCCUACCUGUCAUUAAGGUUGUACACAACAAAGUUUCAAAAACUUUUAAAGGAUUGAUACUUGAGAAUACAGAAAAUGUUUUUAGGACAAUUGUGUUGAUGAAGAGGGAGGGAAGAGCUUACAAUGAAGUAGAUGAUCAGAGUCCUCUCCAAGAAGGGAGAAAUUCCUUCUACUAUAUUUUGUUGUUAUAAUAAUAAUAAUGAUAAAAUAAUGAUAAUAAACACUUGUAAUUACAUAUCAAUUUUUUUAUUUGUAUUUAAGUUUGUUUUUCGACCGACACUUUUGUAUGAAAAAAAAAUUAUACAAAAAAAAAAAGAUUUCUUUGAAGAAUCUCAUGAUCAGGUUGUUCCUUGUCU